AAAGUGUUAAAAUCCCAGAGUAUUCAUGACCAGAGUAGAUUUUAUACACUUUGGUGUUGAAAAGGCACUAAGUACAUUUUUUGGGGUGUACCAGAAACACUCUUGGGUGUUGUCUCUAAGUAUAAUGCUGGUGUAGAGUAAUUUCAGUGUAUAUUUUAGGAUGAUGGACUCCCUGAGUGUCCAACGGUUAGGUUUCGAUUCGUCAUUGGGUCGCUGCGCCUUCUCAUUGGUUGAAUCUAGAGACAUGUGACCGUUUGUCCUCUUCCACACUACGCGGCAAACUGUUUCGGCAGAGACGGUUGGUUGACUAGAGACGAGGAUCGAAUCAACGAAGCCAUUUUUGAACUUCACGGCAAUGUAACAGUGGAAGGACGACAACAAUGCUGUUCAAAGUGCAAUACCACGGAAAGAAGAAGUACAUUAAACUUAAUGGAGACUCACAUUCAGAAUUUCUCAAAGAGGCUAAAGUGAAGUUCAGCAUCUCCACUGAGACAGACAUAUAUGUGCUGGAUGACACUGGAACAGAGGUCGAUGAAGAGGUCUUCACCGACAUCCUGGAGGAAAAAACUGACAUCCUGUGGACGAUUGUUGAUGUUCUUUCAGUCUCUGACUCUCCUGUCCCAUCCUCAUGCAAUGACACCUUGUCACUAUCGUCACCCACAUCAGAGAGUGAUACUUCUCUGAUGUCUUCAAAAAGAUGGCCCAUCGAUAAUUCCUUUCUAAUGUCUCGAAAAAGACAGUGCACCGAUGAAGCCAUUUUGACGUCCACACAAAGUCAGCAUAUUGAUGACAGUUCUUCACAGGCCAAAGAGCUUGUCAAGAGAGUUCUGGAACAAAAGCCUGGAGGGGAGAAGAUACUUAAAGAAUAUGCCAUGAGAGGAGAAUUUAAGGACCGGACACGCCGUGAACUUGUCAACAUCAUUGUUGCUGAUAUGGUGGAAAAAUAUGGACGUGCUCCACCAAAGGACAAAAGAACACAGUAUGCAUGGGGGAUUGUAACACUGUUUCCUUCUCUAAAAGACCCCUACUCCAAAAAAGGCUAUGAACAUUUCUAUGAUGCAGAUAGCAACGAGGGCUACAUUGCAUGGAAGCUUAAAAACACACAGCGGGACCUCAACAGUGGCAGCAGUAGCAGUGGAUUUAGGAGAAUGAGCUCUCACACCUCAAACAGCAGUGGACCACAGUUGGAGAGAGAAGUGUCUAAAGAGCUCCAGCUGGAGGGAGACCAAUGUUGCGAGGCCAUUUCUCUACUGAAACACAGCACGGACAAAGAACAGAUAUUCAUGAAAAUGAAAGCAACCUUCAACCACAGACAACAGCUGAUCCACGAUCCUGAGCAAUGCAGCACAGUUCUUACACUGUUCCCAAGGUUCCUUGACACGAAAGGCCUGGUCUUGCAGGACUUUGACCUGUUGUUUAGUGCUGAGACUUCUUCAAAACUUCUUGAGAAAUGGGGAACACUCCUGAAGGUAAAAGUAAUAGAGCAAGCCAAAAACCUCAGCAAGACACCCCUUCUUGACGACCUCAUUCAGUCUGCAGAGGAGAACCCUGAUGAGGAUGAUGAAGUGCCAGGUUGGGAUAGUGACAUGGCUUCACUUCUCCUCCUGGUGUACCUCCUUCCACCACCUCCAAGUGGAAAGAAGGGAGCGGUUAAACUCAGUAUCCGGGAAGCUGUUGAUCGUGUGGUCAAAUUUCACAAGUCAAGUCGCAGCCUUCAGGAACACUCUGGUCCAGACCAGCGGAGGCAGCCCUACAUCCUGGCAGUUGGGACGGCAAGAAACAGCAUCCAUCAGUACUACAUUGCGAUGGAUAAUGGGCUCCUUCCCUGCAAUGCCAGGUCUUCCCUCUCAGCCUUUGAUGAACUUUUCAAGGCACAUUAUGUGUUUGGUGUCUCCUAUGACCAGGCCUUAAACAGCAUGUUUACAUUUGUGCAGACCACCAUAUACAACAUUGACAUCGGACUCUCUCACGAAACUCCCAGAGUCAAGGACCUCAGGGCAAAGCUCCUCAACUGAACU